AUGUCCCGAUCAUCCUUCGACUAUCCGAAUCCUCUCAAUAUGGACCCUGCCCAGUUCAAGCUGCUGUUGUCGUUGCUGCCCAAAGUGCCCUUGAUAACACGGGUAGCACUGCUUCAUGUUCUACACUUGUCAAAGUCAUCCCAGUACCUAGAUCUACGGAGCGAUCUCAUCAUCUCGGUGCUACGUUCAUACCUUCAGCCAGCCAAGUUGCGCUCCAUCACGUCCACGCAGAAGCUCGCGAACCGUGAUAGCGGCGUCAAGGGGAGGAUAUGGGUUUCCACAUACGCCAGCCCCGUGCCGCCAGAAACCGACGUGCGCGACGCCAUCAUCGGGAUCAUACAGUCAACCAGGGCACCAGAUACGCCAGAACUCAAGCUGCGACUGCCGGAUAUCGUGCCAGUGGAGGCCGAGUGGACGGGCUACCGUGCCGGUGCGACGGAAGAGGAGCGGCCGCCCGCGAUUGGGGAGAAGGACAAGUUUGAAAAGCUACAGAAGGAGGUUACCAGCCCGCUGACGGUGUUGUACCUUCACGGAGGAGCGUACUAUCUCUGCGACCCGGCGACUCACCGACCAGCUACGAAAAAGAUUGCCAAGUUGACUGGAGGCCGCGUGUACUCAGUGCGGUACCGCCUGGCUCCGCAGAACCCCUUCCCGUCGGCUCUGCUAGACGCCUUGGUUUCCUAUUUGACUCUGCUAUACCCGCCGCCCGAUGCCUACCACCAAGCCGUCGACCCGAAACAUAUCGUCGUUGCUGGAGACAGUGCCGGGGGCAACUUGAGUCUAUCUCUGCUACAACUCCUCCUCGAGCUGCGCAGACAGAAUCGAAAGAUUCGCUGGCUGGGCGAGGAGAGAGAAAUCCCCUUACCCGCGGGACUCGCACUCAACUCACCGUGGAUGGACAUCACGCAAAGCUCGCCCAGCUGGGACGCCAACGGAGAAUUCGAUUACCUACCCACAGGCGAAGUCUACGCAAAAUACAACCCGCCCCCCUGCGAAGCCUGGCCCGCGAAACCGCCCCGGACAAAUAUGUACGCCGACGACGACCUCCUCGCGCAUCCCUUGGUGACGCUCCUGAUGAGCCGCAGCUGGUCGGGCGCGCCACCCGUGUACAUCUGCACGGGGUGGGAGUUGCUGGCGGACGAGGACAAGUACAUGGCGCGCAAGCUGCACCAGGACGGCGUGCCCGUGGUCUUUGAGGAGUACGAGGGGAUGCCGCACUGCUUCGCGCUGAUCCUGACAAAGAUCCCCAAUGCGAGGCGGUGCUUUGAAGGGUGGACCAAUUUCAUGAAGAGGGCCGUCACGAGCCCGGAGACGAUCGAUUCCAGGGCGACCUCGAUCAAGUCCAAGACGCUGCAGGAGGAGGUUCUCGACUUUGAGUCGUUAAGUGCCGUGAGCGCUGAGGACGUGCAGAAGAGGGUUCUCGCCAAGAAGGAGACGACAUUGGCGGCUGCGCCAGAGACUGCGGCGAAACUCUAG